AUGCACAUCAUCAAGCCGGUCUGGCUCACCCACGGAGGUGAACGCAAAGAUUUCGAAGUCUACAGCUGUGACGUAUCACCAGAUGGGAAACGACUGGUUACAGCGGCCGGAGAUGGAUAUGUGCGUAUCUGGUCGACGGAGGCUAUCUACGGGACUGGAAACGCCGAACUUGAAGGCAAGCCCAAGCAGCUGGCGUCGAUGAGCAACCACUCCGGCACAAUUCACACUGUGCGUUUCUCGCCGAACGGAAAAUACCUCGCAUCCGGCGCCGAUGACAAGAUCGUCUGCGUGUAUAUGCUGGAUGCCAAUCCUCCCACGCACUCGUCGACUUUUGGCUCGGACGAAGCACCCCCCGUCGAGAAUUGGCGCACGAUUCGACGAUUGAUCGGUCACGAUAAUGAUGUUCAGGAUCUUGGCUGGUCGUAUGAUUCUUCGAUCUUGGUUUCCGUGGGACUGGACUCCAAGAUCGUGGUUUGGUCUGGACACUCGUUUGAGAAGCUGAAGAGUAUCUCCAUCCACCAGAGCCAUGUGAAAGGCAUCACCUUCGACCCGGCAAACAAGUUCUUCGCAACCGCCAGUGAUGACCGGACUGUUCGCAUCUUCCAAUUCACUUCCCCUGCACCCAACUCCUCAGCGCACGAUCAGCUGAACAACUUUGUCCUCGAGCAAACCAUCACAGCACCAUUCGCCAACUCCCCGCUGACUGCCUAUUUCCGCCGCUGCUCUUGGUCCCCCGAUGGAAUGCAUAUUGCUGCGGCAAAUGCCGUGAAUGGUCCUGUUAGCUCUGUAGCUAUCAUCAACCGUGGAUCCUGGGACGGUGACAUCAAUUUGAUCGGACACGAAGCUCCUGUGGAGGUCUGCUCGUUCUCGCCGCGACUUUACGCGACGGAAUCUCCCAACAAGAAGCAACCCGACGGUCAGCCAGUGGCGCAAAACUUCAUCACUGUUAUUGCUUGUGCCGGUGGUGACAAGUCCCUCAGUAUCUGGAUCACGAGCAACGCUCGACCCAUCGUUGUUGCUCAGGAGAUGGCGGCUAAGGCAAUCUCUGAUUUGGCUUGGACCCCCGAUGGAAAAUGUUUGUUUGCUACAGCUCUAGACGGGACCAUUGUGGCCGUUAGGUUUGAGGAUGGCGAACUUGGAUGGGCUGUGGAAAUGGAAGAGAACGAGAAGUCACUCAACAAGUUUGGAACCAACCGAAGGGGUGCCGGUAUCACAGAGAACACGGAUAGUUUAUUGCUGGAGGAGAAGAGUAAGGCAGGUGAAAUCAAGCACGUCGAAGGAAGGAUGGGUGCUUUGAUGGGAGAUGGCGCUGAGCCAACUGCCAACGGAGACAAAUCAUCUCGUCCUUCAAACGGAACUACACCUGCUCGUGCCUCAUCGCCACCCCCCGAGGCUCCCAAAGCGCAGACCAAUGGAACUGCUUCAACACCCACUGGGACAGAGGCCGACAAGCCGGAUCCCUACCAAGCCAAGCUCGAGAGACUCAAACAACGACCAACAUACACCAAAGAAGGAAAGAAGCGAAUUGCUCCAUUGUUGGUCUCCGGUGCUGGCGCUGGCGAGUCGUCCCUUCCCCAGGCUCGUUUGAUGGCAUCCGUCAGCAGUCAAGUCAAAUCUGACGCCCCAAGUACAAUUGUGGACCUGUCAAAACCCUUCGAUGGCUUGCCGAAGGGAGGUCUUACUGCACUACUCCUGGGAAACAAGCGAAAGCUAGCUCAAAUGGACGGCGACGAAGACAACAGUGUGGAAAAGCGAGUAGCGCUCGCCAGUCAAAAUAACGCAACCCCCAUCAUGACCAACACCACAGAAGGCCUCCUGCCUGCUCAAGUACAGUCCGCAACAACUGGCCAACAACCAACGCCGAAUUUCAUCCGACCCGCAGUCACCAACCCCUGCAUGUCAGUUAGCCAGCUGCGGUUGGCGGUUCCCAAAAUUCGCAGCCAGAUCCUCCGCGCCUUGGACUCCAGCGGGAAACCAACUGAGCCACCAGCUCCUGGUGCAGAUUCAAGCACCACCAAAGGCCGUGUAGAUGUGGUCUUUGAAGCCAGAAACCCAUCGCCAGCAAGUUUAACCGGCCGCGCUGUGGACCGCGAACCAGUCCGUCUCACACUCUUCCGUGGGGAUCAGCCGUUGUGGCAAGACUUCUUACCACGCACUGUUCUCCUCGUUACUGGUAACCAGAUCAUGUGGGCAGCUGGCUGUGAGGAUGGAUCAAUCUAUCUAUGGACCCCUGCAGGUCGUCGUCUAGUCUGUGGACUUGUUCUCGAGGCACAGCCCGUCAUUUUAGAGUGCAAUGGACCUUGGAUCCUGUGUAUCUCCUCGGUCGGUAUGUGUUAUGUCUGGAACGUGAAACAUCUAUCCUCCCCUCAUCCACCUGUCUCUUUGCAACCCGUGCUGGACGCUGCCAUUCACACACUCGGUGCAAAUCCCACCGCCGCUCCUGCGGUGACAGAUGCGCGUAUCAACUCAGAGGGUCGGGUCGUCAUUUCUCUAUCGAAUGGAGAAGGCUAUUCUUACUCCCCAUCAUUGUUUACAUGGCAGCGGAUCUCAGAGGCCUGGUGGGCGGUUGGUAGUCAGUACUGGAACACGACAGAUGCACCCAUCAGCAACCUGCAGGCCAAGGAUGCCCAACAAGACAACAAGGAAGCCAAGGCAGCCGUUGCUGCCGGGAUCAUUCCUUGGUUGGAGCGUAACACCACGAACGAGACCCUUCUCCGUGGUAGGGCAUACUUCCUGCAGCGUCUGAUCAAGGUAUUGCUGUCCCGUGAGGGUUACGAGACCUUCGAAUCCAGCGUCUCCAUCGCCCAUCUUGAGAACCGCCUUGCUGCCUCCUUAUCAUUGGGUGCCAAGGAAGAAUUCCGCUUGUACCUGUCUAUGUACGCCAAGCGAAUCGGUGCCGAGGGAUUGAAGCUGAAGGUCGAGGAGCUACUCAAGGGAUUGAUGGGUGGUCUGUUCGACGACGAAGAUGAUGCCAGCGAAGGCAUCACAAAGCUGCAGGCCAACGAACGCGAAGGCCGUAACUGGCGCGAAGGAUCUGACGAUCUAUGUGGCUGGCCGCGAGAACUUCUGCUGAAGGAAGUGAUUCUAGCUCUUGGUAAACAUCGUGAUCUUCAACGUGUUACUGUGCCUUAUGCCAAGCUUCUUGAUAUGGUUGAUUCGGCAUCUGAGCAAGGUGAUGCGAUGGACCUUUAA